GUGCAUUGUGGGGAAUAAAGUCUUUGCCAUUCGACCUCUGCGGGGCCUGCGCGGACGCAGCUAGAACCCUGAAAUUCAUUAUGCGUUUAAAACCUUUAUUUAUUUCCGCAUAACCUACAUACUCUCACCGGGAGGGUCAAAGCGCAGAAAAGACGCGACGACGGUCCAUCUCUUUCGGAAAUACAUCGUUUUCAAAUACAUUAAUUCGUCGGAGGAGGUUUUACUGGUAGGAAAGUGAAGAUUGUAUUAUAUAUUAAGAAAAAUGUCCGGUGAGAGAAACCGCAGGUCGUUGGCUUUCCGAGGAGGUGGAUCAGCUGGGUUAACGGGUUCCAGCGGUAUCGGUGGGGGGAACUGUAACAGCUGUGAGGCCCCGGCCUGUCAAGAUCGACAUUUUAACGGGAAUAGGCCGGAUCAGGAGGACGACAGGGAUCUGGGGGCAAAAGGACCAUCGCAGAAGAGAGUGGAGGGCGCUGGGUCUGUCAGCGACAGCACGGAACCCGAGGCGGAGGAAGAAGAGGACCCGGAAGGGGGCAGCUUGGCAGCCGGAGACGGCGACGAUCGUGUCGGUUCUCUCGAAGCAGGGAACGGUUUCAGGGAGGGGAACGGCAGGACCGCGGGGAACGGCGACAGCCAGGAGCCGGGACGCGGUGCGGCGGCAGGCGAGCCGGGAUCCAGGAAAUCUGGGGUAGAGAUGAGACCGCAGACGCUGCUUCAGAAACACUCGCAAUUCCACGCAGUGUGGCUGCAAGAAUUCCCAUGGCUCAAAUUCUGCCAGGAGACGGGACUCAUGUCCUGUUCCUGGUGUCACAACAUUGCCACUAAAAACAGCGACGAUCUUGUCACUGGCAGUCGCAACUACAAGCGGGCCCUGCUGCUGAGGCAUCACCUGUCCGCCGAGCACGGGAGAAAUGACCCCACCAAACAGGAAACUGCGCGGCCCUCAGACAACGUCAGCCCGUCCACUAACUGCUCAGAGGAAGACUACCGCAGCAAGCCCAAUGAGAACUCCUACUGUUACCAGCUUCUCCAGGAGCUGGACAAGCAACGCAAAAGUGGCAUUCUGUGUGACGUCAACAUCGUCGUCUCUGGCCAGGUGUUCCGCGCGCACAAGAACAUCCUGGUGGCGGGCAGCCGCUACUUCAAGACCCUCUACUGUCUGACCAAGAGUGAGGCCCAGGACCAGGCCACAGUCACACACCUGGAUGUUGCUGCUGUGCAGGGCUUCUCCGUCAUCCUCGACUUUCUCUACUCCGGGAAUCUGCUGCUUACAAGCCAAAAUGCCAUCGAGGUGAUGUCUGUUGCUAGUUACCUCCAGAUGACGGAGGUCGUUCAGUCAUGCAGGGGUUUCAUAAAAGAUGCUCUGAAUAUAAGCAUCAAGCAGGAGGCCCCUGAUUCAGUGGUGGUGGAUUACAACAAGCGGCAGAUGGUAGCCAGAGAAGGACAGAGGGGGUUAGAUCGCAAGCCGAGCAACUUCUGGGCGACAAGCAUCCUGUCAAAGCUGUCAAUCAAGGCCAGCAACAACCAAGGCAAAGAAGUCAUGGAAGACGAUGAUGGCGGCCGGGUGAAGGAGGAGAGCAGUGACAUAGAGGUGACAGUGGUCGGGAGUGAGGGCUGUGCCCUGAUGACUCCCACAACAUCUGGAAGCUGGACCCACCAAAACGACAACUCGUCUGAUUCAGCAGAGACCAAUGACACGCGGGUGGCGAAUGCCCAGACGCAGGUCUUCGUCUGGAACGAGCCUGGCGCUGCAGCAGUACCUGCGGCCCUCAAGCGGGAGGCACCAGACGCUGCCGCUGGAAGUGGACGCAGGAAAAAACAGACCACCACGCGGCGUUUUGUCUACAACUUCCCACCAGAGCCUGAAGAGGGAUUCGACGAAGGGAUGUUCAUCCAGCCAUCAGCCUCCUACCCCCGAGAAGACUUCUCCUCCCUUUCAGAAAAUGCAGAGCUGGCCAAUCAGAUCCAGUAUAGCAUCAUCCGUGACAUACAGCAAGGGGAGACCUGGGAAAAUGGCGAGUCACCGCACCUAGCCCUCAAUAAGCUCAAGUGCCCCCACUGUAACUACAUCGCCAAGCACCGGCGCACACUCAAGAGGCACCUGAUCAUCCACUCAGGCGUUCGCUCCUUCAGCUGCGACAUAUGUGGCAAGCUAUUCACCCGCCGCGAGCACGUAAAGAGACAUUCCCUGGUACAUAAGAAGGACAAGAAGUACAAGUGCAUGGUGUGCAAGAAGAUCUUCAUGCUUGCAGCCAGCGUUGGCAUCCGUCACGGCUCGCGGCGCUACGGAGUGUGUGCGGACUGUGCUGACUCCCACCAGGCCACUCAGGAAGGUCUGGAGGCCAUGGAAGGCAUGGAAUUUCCUCGUGACGAAGACUUCGAAGGAGAGGAAGGAGAAGACCUGGAGGGGGAGGAGCCUACUGAUAACGACCAAUCAAACUGGGGCGAGGGCAAUGCUGGUGCUGCCCCAGAGGAGGACUGAGAAUUUCCACAAGCUUAAGAAACAAAAUAUUGAAAAAGUUGAUGUUUAAUAUAUGUAUUCGAAACCUAGCUGGUAAACAAUCAACUCCAAAGUGCUAUCAAACCCUGAGGUUACUUAAUUGUGCACGCAAAUGACAAAGAGAUGGAUUAAAAAAACGAAGCUUUGGUUGAGUGGGAAAUCCAAGAUGUACAGGCUUAAUUCUUACUAAUGUGUCCAACCCUGGGCCCAGAGCCCAGAGAAAGAUCCUAAUGACGAAUAAUAUGAUGAAUCAGGUUCAUGGUGAUAUAUUUUUAUUUUGUGUUUGUUGGGGAUACGAUGGGCAGGGUGAUGUAGUUUUUGAGUUGGGCUUGGCCAAUCAUCUAAAAAGAGUUAAUUAUUUAAUUUAUGAAGAGAGGAUAUUAUGGUCUUAUCAAAUUCUAUGUUUUGUUUCUGUUUUCUGUCUGCAGCAGAGGCGCAGUAAUGUGUGUUCAGUCUGAAAGUGUAUUGCUUGGUGCUUGUAUAAGUACACAGAUGAAGAACAUUAUUGCAUUGUAGGCAGAUUUUUAACUUGCUCUGUAAAUCAUUUAGAAGCGCUAAUUAUAUUAUUAUUUUCCUUUUUUCCUUUCCCUGCACAAAUCUUGGAACCAAAAAAUCUGUUUUGUGACUCUAAUGUAUCGCAGCCAUAUUUAUGAUUAAUUUAAGAGAGCUGUGAUAUUGUGCCAAACAGACCGCACACUAAGAUUUAGCAGGAGACAAAAACUACUGAAUACGCUUUAAAAAAAAAAAAGAGACAACGUGAGGUUUUUUUGGUUAAACGGGGGAAAAGAUGAAUUUAAAAAAAAAGCGAGCGCUCAAGGGGAAAUGUUAUUGCUAGCUUUAUACAAAUCACGGCGUCACAGUAACACUUUAUUAUUAUUAUUAUUAUUAUUAAACAAAAGCAUUUGACUUUCACUUAAAGCUUGAAUUUUGCCAAAUGAUGAAACGUUUGGUGCUGUAAUGCUUGUCGCAGAAUACUGGACCUACAGCUAUAUAUGAUGUUUAUAAUCAUAAAGCUUAAACUGACUCAGUUAUAAUGUAAUCAGCUUAAACUAUAGUAACACUGUUGUGCUACGGCGACUAUCAGGUAUGCUUUGCCAUUGUUUUUAAGCUUUUAUUUAAUGCACACACCAUUUUGUAGGACUACCGGCAGUACUUGUAAUUGACAUUUUAAGGACCUAAGUGGACAUCCACACGUUUGUUUAUAUUUGGUACUGAGUUAUGGUAAAUACAGUCUAUAUAUUUUGACUCACUUGAACAUGGUUUGUGAGGGCGGAUACGUGUGCAGAAACUCAUAUGUGACGUUUGAGGUGUGAAAGAACUCCAUUUUUACCCACAGUGUCAUCGGUUUAAUUUGAUGUAGUUUUUUGUAGGUCUGCCCGGUAGAAAAACACUUUGUUCCACAACCAGUGACGCUCUUGGGCGCCUCAUAGACAUGCACUUACUUUUGUGUUUAUGAAACUAAUUUCUCUUUUUUUUAUGUUUUCUUGCUUCCCCAAAAGCGGGUCUGAAUGGAACUAUAUUAAAAACUGUUGUCUUUCUUCCAGUGCGCAACUUUUUUUUAUUAGAUUUUGUUUUUUGUUAUUUAAUAUUAUGUAUUGACUCCAAAAUGCAAUCAAGACUGUUAAUUUCUAUUUGUCCAACCAAAAUUGUUGUUUUUAAUUAUUGUUGAACUAUAAUGUAUGAGAAAAGCCAGGUGAAAUCUUGCUUAGUGUAGAAAAUCCUUGCUUGUGUCUGUAAUUGUUGAGAUUUUUGAUGUUUUUAUGCUACGGAAUCAUUCACUUUACCCUAGACACACGUUUUAAUUUUCGUCCUUUCCACAGAUGUUUCCUUUCUUUUUUGUGUGAUUUCAGUAAGCACAUAUGUCUAAAGAAACAUGGAUUGUUUGCGGGUUAAAACCUUGGAACAGCAGUAUCUGUUCAUAUGCAGUGGAUAACUCAGUAUGUACUGAAGUGCUAAUGAUACAGAAGAUGUGUAACCCCACUUAACACUGAGUGGAAGAAGAUAUAUUUUAAGUCAUAGAGAUAUUCAUCCUCUUUGUGUCACUUUUACCUUCAAAUCACUGUGGGAGGGGUUAUAUUGCCGAUAUAUAUAUAUAUACAUAUAUAUAUGUUAAGAAUAUAUGAGAUAAAUAUAUAUAUAUAUAUAUGAAGAAUAUAUUAUUUAACUGGUUGAUUUACUUAAUGGAACACGUUGACGGUCAGCUACAAACCUCCUGGUGUGGUGGUUUAUUUCCGUGAACUUUAACCAUCCGCUUUGUGUGCUUGUCCAUCACACCAUCCUGUUGUCUUGUUUGUUCUUUUGAUACUAUUUACCAUCCUACUGAUUUUACUGUAAUGAAUGAAACUCAAAAACUAUGAUGUAUCGUUUUAGAUUUAAUGCUGUAUUUGUUAUAUGGACAAAAAAAACGAAAAACAAAAGCAAAAACACUACAGAUGUAAAGCAGAGGUUUUUUUUCCCCAGCUGUAUUUUUUUACGCUGUUGCAAAAGGUUGUAUUUUUCAAUUUCUCUAACAGUGAUGCAAAACUUGGGCCGCGCCUCAGUGCCCUCUGAACACAAAGCAAAUUCAGGUUACUCUUUUUACGUUUUUAUCAAAGGUUUUCAAAGAUGGAACUACAUUCUCCUUUUUUCUGUCUGAAUUGUACUACUGUUCCUCUCUAUACUACAUUUUAAGAAUAAAACUUUGAUAUUGCUUUAA